AUGGCCGCUAGAACAUACUCUCACGCCAGAGUCCUCCUCUUUCUUCUCCUCAAGUUACAGCUACGUAGCACUAUAGCCGAUUAUGGAGACUGGCAAAGUGCUCACGCCACAUUCUAUGGUGGCGGUGAUGCUUCGGGCACAAUGGGAGGAGCAUGUGGCUACGGGAAUCUGUACAGUCAAGGGUAUGGAACAAACACUGCAGCACUCAGCACAGCAUUGUUCAACAAUGGCUUGAGCUGCGGGGCGUGUUACCAGAUGCAAUGCAAUGAUGACCCCAAAUGGUGCAACUCCGGCACCAUCACUAUCACGGCUACCAACUUUUGCCCCCAAAACUAUGCCUUGCCUAGCAACAAUGGUGGCUGGUGCAAUCCUCCCCUUCAACACUUUGACUUGGCAGAACCUGCUUUCUUGCAAAUUGCUCAAUACCGCGCUGGAAUUGUGCCUGUAGCCUUCAGAAGGGUUCCUUGUGUGAAGAAGGGAGGAAUUAGAUUUACCAUCAAUGGCCACUCUUACUUUGACUUGGUCCUGAUCACCAAUGUAGCAGGUGCAGGAGAUGUCCAUGCAGUGUCGAUUAAGGGGUCCAAAACGGGCUGGCAGACCAUGUCAAGAAACUGGGGUCAAAACUGGCAGAGCAACUCAUACCUUAAUGGGCAGAGCCUUUCGUUUCAAGUCACCACCAGUGAUGGUAGGACUGUGACAAGCUACAAUGUGGUGCCUGUUAAUUGGCAAUUUGGUCAGACCUUCGAAGGGGGCCAAUUCUAA